UGAGAGCGGCGACUGGUGACGGGGUGGAGGGCGGGAGCGUCCGGGGUAUACGCGGGUGUGUUUGAAUCUGGUCCGAGCGCGGGAAACUAUGGGUCUGUGGUGAGGUGAGCGCCGCGCGGUGAGUUGGGUGGGAGGUAGGACCUCAGACUAGGACGACCCCGGGAGAGGGCCCGAGUGUGACUGGCGAGGACUCCGGAAAAUGACCUGCGCACAGUAGGGAGGCUCUCAGGCAAGGACCUGAUGCAGACUACGGAGGACCGGGGACGCAGACCUGAGUCUGACUAGAGAAGACCCCUGAGAAGGAGCCUGGGGUUGUAAGGCUCCCUUAGAACAGUCACAUCCGUCAUGGAAAAACGUGAGGCGUUCAUCCAAGCAGUAUCUAAGGAGUUGGUUGAAGAGUUUCUGCAGUUUCUUCAACUUGAUAAAGAUUCUUCUAAUCCUUUCAGCUUAAGUGAACUACUAGAUGAAUUAUCAAGGAAACAGAAAGAAGAAUUAUGGCAAAGACUGAAGGACUUACUAACAGAAACAUUGUUGGAAAGCCCUGUGGAUAGGUGGCAGACAGUGGAAGUCGAGGGUGCAGACGAUAUGGAAUCAGAGCACAGUCCAAAGAUGAGAAAGAGCAUAAAAAUAAUAUGUGCAAUUGUGACUGUAAUUCUUGCUUCUGUAUCUAUAAUAAAUGAACAUGAGAACUAUGGAGCCCUCCUGGAGUGUGCUGUUAUAUUGAACGGUAUUUUAUAUGCAUUACCUGAAUCUGAACAAAAACUCCAGAACUCUAUUCAGGAUCUGUGUGUCAAAUGGUGGGAAAGGGGCCUUCCUGCCAAGGAGGACAUGGGAAAGACUGCAUUUAUCAUGCUGCUGAGGAGGAGUCUGGAGACCAAAUCGGGGGCAGAUGUGUGUCGGCUGUGGCGCAUCCAUCAGGCUUUGUAUUGCUUUGAUUAUGAUUGGGAGGAAAGUAGAGAAAUUAAAGAUAUGCUACUUGAGUGCUUCAUAAAUGUUAAUUACAUCAAGAAGGAAGAGGGAAGAAGAUUUCUUAGUUUUCUCUUUAGUUGGAAUGUAGACUUUAUUAAAAUGAUCCAUGAGACCAUUAAAAACCAGUUAGCUGGAUUACAAAAGUCUUUGAUGGUACACAUUGCAGAAAUUUAUUUCAGAGCUUGGAAAAAGGCUUCGGGGAAAAUGUUGGAGACCAUUGAAUAUGACUGCAUCCAGGACUUCAUGUUCCAUGGCAUCCACCUUCUAAGGAGGUCUCCAGUGCACUCCAAAGUCCGAGAGGUGCUGAGUUACUUUCACCAACAGAAAGUCCGUCAGGGAGUGGAAGAGAUGCUGUAUAGGUUAUAUAAGCCCAUCCUGUGGAGGGGACUAAAGGCCAGAAAUUCUGAAGUUCGAUCAAAUGCUGCAUUGUUGUUUGUUGAAGCAUUUCCUAUUAGAGAUCCAAACUUCACUGCUACUGAAAUGGACAAUGAAAUCCAGAAGCAGUUUGAAGAACUGUAUAACCUUAUAGAAGAUCCUUAUCCACGGGUUCGUUCCACAGGCAUCCUUGGUGUUUGUAAAAUAUCUUCUAAAUAUUGGGAAAUGAUGCCCCCUAACAUUCUUGUUGACUUCUUGAAGAAAGUCACAGGGGAGCUGGCAUUUGAUAUAAGCUCAGCCGAUGUUCGGUGUUCUGUUUUUAAGUGUUUGCCAAUUAUUUUGGAUAACAAGCUGAGCCACCCAUUAUUAGAACAGCUUUUGCCAACACUCAGGUAUAGUCUCCACGAUAACUCAGAGAAAGUGCGGGUGGCUUUUGUGGAUUUGCUGCUGAAGAUCAAGGCUGUGAGAGCUGCAAAGUUUUGGAAAAUAUGCCCCAUGGAGGACAUUUUGGUUCGUCUGGAAAUGGAUUCUCGGCCUGUAUCUCGACGCCUGGUGAGCCUCAUCUUCAACUCUUUUCUGCCCGUGAACCAGCCGGAGGAGGUGUGGUGUGAGCGCUGUGUCACGCUGAUCCAGAUGAAUCGCGCAGCUGCCAGGAGGUUCUAUCAGUAUGCCCAUGAGCAUACCGCCAGCACCAACAUAGCAAAGCUCAUCCAUGUCAUCCGCCACUGCUUGAACGCCUGUAUCCAGAGGACCCUGAGAGAGGGCUCAGAGGCCCAUAAGGAAUGCGAGAAGGAGAAUGCCAGUGUACUAGAUAAAACAUUGUCAGUGAACGACACUGCGUCCAUGGCAGGCUUACUAGAAAUCAUUGUGAUCCUCUGGAAGAACAUCCAUAGAAGCCUGGAAAAUAAUAAAGAGGCUAAAAUUUAUACCAUUAACAAGUUUGCAGCUGUGCUUCCAGAGUACCUGAAGGUAUUCAAGGAUGAGCGCUGCAAGAUCCCUUUGUUCAUGCUAAUGUCCUUCUUGCCAGCCUCUGCUGUCCCUGUAUUCAGCUGUGGUGUGAUUUCUGUUCUGAGAAAUCAGGAGAGUGUUACAGGCAGGAGCUACUGUACCUUGCUCGAUUGUCUCUGUUCCUGGGGGCAAGUGGGGCAUGUCCUGGAGCUCAUUGUGGACUGGCUGCCUACAGUGCCACCUCAAGCCAAGAGUAACUUGGCCUCUAAACGGAAAGUGGAAAUCAAUGACACGUGCUCAGUGAAACCUGAGUUAGCAUUGUUGUACAUGGAGUAUUUGCUGACCCAUCCCAAGAAUCGAGAGUGUCUCCUCUCUGUACCCCAGAAGAAACUGAACCAGCUUUUAAAAGCACUCGAGGGAUCCAAGGCAGAACUGGAAUCAUUUCUUCAGUCUCCAAGUGGGAAUCCUCUCAACUUCAACAAAGCAACUGCCCUGCAUGCCUUUGGUCUGUACUGUAGGAUGAGUGUCCAUCUUCAGUACAAGUUCUGCUCAGAAGAGAAAAUUCAUCUGUCCAUCUUGGAUGACACUGGGUCUUGGUUAGAAAACAAAGUUUUACCUCUUCUUGAAGACCAAGAAGAGGAGUAUCUGAAGCUUCGGAAGGAUGUUUAUCAACAGAUAAUCCAGACUUACCUGGCUGUGUGUAAAGAUGUUGUUAUGGUGGGACUUGGAGAUCCUAAAUUUCAAAUGCAACUUUUACAGCGGAGUUUUGGAAUAAUGAAAACAGUGAAGGGUUUUUUUUAUGUUUCAUUACUUCUUGGCAUUCUGAAGGAGAUAGCUGGAAACACCAUAAUUCACAAAACAGAUUCAGAUGAAAAAGUCACAGUGCUGUUUGACUUAGUCCAGGAAGUGUUUCAGAAGAUGUUGGAAUGUAUUGCCUGUAUCUUCAGGAAGCAACCUGAAGAAAGUCUUCCGCUCUUUCAUUCUGUUCAGACCCCUCUUCAUGAAUUCAUCACCACCAUCCAGUCCUGGCACAAGGACACUGCAGUGCACCAUGCUGUGCUUUCUACGUUGAUUGCUGCACCUGUGGUUGAGAUAAGUCACCAGCUGCAGAAGGUUUCUGAUAUAGAAGAGCUGACCUCACCACAAUGCCUUCAUGACCUUCCUCCAUUUUCAAGGUGUUUAGUGGGAGUGAUCAUGAAGUCUUCGGAUGUGGUCAGGUCAUUUGUGGAUGAACUGAAGGCAUGUGUAACUUCUGGUGAUGUUGAAGGCAUUGUGUGCCUCACAGCUGUUCUGCAUAUUAUUUUGGUUAUUAACAAAGGUAAACAUAUAAGUGCAAAGGUGAAGGAAGUUGCAACAGCUGUGUACAGAAAGCUGAAGACCUUUAUGGAGAUCACUUUGGAAGAGGAUAGCCUUGAAAGAUUCCUAUAUGAGUCAUCAAUGAGAACUUUGGGAGAAUUUCUGAAUCCAUGACAAAACCACCGUCAAAAACACUGGGUGUGUAGAAAUAGAGAAAAGACUCAUGAAAGUGAAAAUGUGUGUCUUUUGUAUAUUGCUUUUUUUUUUUUCAUCAGACUAAGCCCGGAGUCCUAAGGACCACACCCAGGUCUGACGGUGCCCAAAGAUGGAGACCAGUACAACACUGGUGCUCUACUGUACCCUGUGCCUUUAACCAGCUUGCAGAGAUGGAGAGUGAUGAAAGUCAUGUGAGAGAAAGACUGGCAAGCAGCUCACCACUCUCUCCAGAAGAGCUGGCAAAGCUUGUAGGAACUGUGGCAUGGGCAGCUCUUACGUUCCUUGGCCUGUGACUUACCCAUUAUUUAUUAUUUGUUGUGAAAUUCUCCUGGAACAGAUUUCUCUUUGGCCUUUCAGCAGGGCUAUCAUUAGCCCACACAGGACCUUUCUUCAAAAGACAAAAAGAAUCACUUCAUCAAAAUAUUUUAUUGCCCUCUGUUGAACAGUUGUAAUAUAUACACUGAUAUGAAGUGUCUUGCUUACUCCAUUGCACUUGGGCUCAGCUCAACUCUUACAUCUGAGCUGUGACUUUUACAUUUUAGCCUUACUCUAAGGGCAACAGCCUCCUUCUACAAAAGGCAUUCUCAGUUCAGAGAAGAUUUCUUGUUUGAGUGUUGCUGUGUACUAUGCAUAGUCAGGGACAGAGCAGGCAUUAAGAAAAAAACAAAAACAAAACACAAAGGCCCAAAAGCCAACCAAAGUGGAAGUGAAUUGAGGAAGGCCUGGACCAGGAGUGAGUUGCCACCUAGAAAUGAUUGUUGUUUCUCAAGCCACAGUGAAGUAUUGCUCAGUGGAUACACGUGCCCAGUUGCCUCUGUUUUCCCUCUGCAGGUCGAUGGCAGAGGCAUCGGCCUUUUCCUGUAUUGACUAUUGAAGAGUAAGCAAAGAACUCAAGAGUUAAAGGGUUGCCCUGGUCCUGUAUAAAUGAUGGGUUAAUGAUACAAAAGAGAAAAAGGAUCUUGUUUAAAAGUGACAUAAUAUGCAGCCAUACAUAGGCAAUAAUGAGUUCAUGUCCUUCGUUAAAAAUGCUUAAAAAUGAUAGGAGGAACCAUGGCACUAGCACCAUGGUGGAAGAAUCUGCUGGGCUGUAGGGCAAUGCUAGAAUUCUAUAGCCUGUAUUACCCCCUCAACAUCCUUUCCCUAGCAAAGACUCUGGCAAGUAGGGUUGAGUAGCCUUAGAGAGCUCAGGUAUGACUGACUACACUGGCGAUGGAGGGUGGCCUCAGCAGGUGGGAAAGAGGAAAGGUACCAGAUCAGGCUGAGGAUUUGACAUCACACAGGAUUAGACAGUUGCAGAAGUUGAACCAGUGUGCCUUGCAGACAGCUAUAAUGACAAAUUCAACAAGGAUAUGAGGGAAGUUGGCAAACUAACAAGACUUGACUUUGAAUGAUGUAAUGUGCUGCUGGGAGGAUCAUUAGUAUAAUGGGAAGAAUUUACAUCAUGACGUAGCAUGCCUUGCAACUUACUGAGCUGAUUAUCCUCCAACUCUUAGGACUUUUAAAAAUAAUCAUGAUUGGGUUGUUUUAGUUCUCUUAUUUUUAUGAGGUGGUUAUAUUGAAGAAGAAGGAAGGUAGAGUCAAGAUAUCUGGUCCCUGAAAGUUAGAUGUCAGAUGAUUUCAAAAUUAUAGCUAAAUUUUUUAAAUACUCUGCUUUUCGUUGAUGGGUGAGGCCUACAGUAUUCAUUUUAAUAGACAAAAAGGAACAUCAGCAAUACUUUGUUUAAUUUAUAGACUAACUUGGUCUGAGGUUUCAAAGACUGUUGAAUGCUAAUCCCUAGAUGUUGCCUUUACUUUCAGUGUGAACACUCUCAUGAGGUGACCAUUGUUACCCUUGUUAGAAGUACUAAGAUUAAGUUUUAAAAGCAAUUUUUCCCAUGUACUUGCUUAUGGAUGGCACAGUUUGGACAGGUAGUAUUAUUCCUUGGUCAAAAUAUUUCAGCUAAAUAUUAAGAAUGAAUUGGAAUUAUUAGACUUAUUUUUCUUGCUAUUAAUCUUGUUGCUAGAGAUAUAACAUAAAGAUUGGGCUGGUAAAAUUAAAAUUUUAAAAUAUUGCUGCUAAAGACAAGGCCUUUGACUGACUUGAGAAGUCAGUUACUUCUUUUCUUUUUCAGUACAUCAAAUAACAAUGUGUGAUACAGGUGUUUUCUUUUGGGCAUAAGAAAAACACUAAAAAGCAAAAGUAAACAAGGAAAAACAACAGCAACAAAACACAAUGUAAAAAUGUAGAUAGACUCGAAGCAUAUUGACUCGAGGUUUAGGGUCAACUAAUACAAGUUGUUAAGCUUGUGGCUACAAAGCGUUUGAUAAUAUAUAUGAAAAGCUCUAGACAUUGUUUUUGAAACACAACCUAGCUAAUGCUGUCUCUUAUCUGUUGGAGAACAUCCAAAUUUUAUUAAGUUCCAAGCCUUUAUGCCCAAGAUUUAGAAUGAAUGGUAUUAUUCAUCGUUCCCGCUAUUUUUGGAAAGAUGGAAGUAUAAGUUUUAAUGCAAAUAUCACUGUGACAUCCUACUGACAUGUUUGGUUUAUGCAUCAUUUUUAGGCACUUAGGGAGGAGCUCACAGGUUGAUAACUUUGUAAUGAGAGACAUGGGAAGUGUACCUGUAUUCUUAUAGUAUCCUAACACCAAUACUUAACGUAUUUAGGUUGUCAGAGUCAGAUGGCUCAAGAAAUGUUUGCAUUUUGAGACUUUAAAGCAGUAUAGAAGGUAUAUUUUUUUUCUCUCAUUGGACUUUUAAGGGAAAUUUGAUUCUUCAUUUUAUAUAAAAUUGUAUAAAAUUCUUGUUGAUAAAAAUAUAAGUUUUGUAAAUACUUUAUAAUAUUAAGCUUUUAUUUGAAAAUGUAAAGUACAAAAUAAAGUGGACUUCAGCAAUCCUAA